UAUGUAACGUCAUGUGACUCAAGAGCAGCUGAGCUUUUACUUCAGUGGCAGGAUGGGUCGGAAAAACUAAAGCAAACCAGACCGGAUUUAUAUUCAUUCGGAUCGGGUGUAAUCAAGAUCUCAAUGCAACAGUAUUCUUUAAACGUUUAACUUCAAAAGGUCUUUUUAUUGGCUGCAGAGAUGGUGCAGAAAUAUCAGUCACCCGUCAGGGUCUACAAAUACCCAUUCGAGCUCGUAAUGAUGGCCUACGAGAGAAGAUUCCCAAACUGUCCGCUGAUCCCCAUGUUUGUGAACAGUGAGAUCACCAGUGAGGUCCAGAGUGAUGAUGGUGCAACACAAGUCACUGAGCGCAGAUGUACUGUAGAUGUGGACGCCCCUCGGCUUCUAAAGAGGAUAGCAGGAGUGGACUACCUGUACUUUAUUCAGAAGAACUCUCUGGACCGCCGACAGAGGACACUGCACAUAGAGGCGUACAAUGAGUCCUUCUCCAGUAGAGUGAUGGUCACUGAAAACUGCUGUUACACGGUUCACCCAGAGAAUGAGGACUGGACCUGUUUUGAACAGUCUGCCAGUAUGGACAUCAAAUCAUUCUUUGGCUUUGAGAGCACUGCUGAAAAGAUCGCAAUGAAGCAGUACGCUGCCAGUAUUAAAAAAGGAAAGGAGAUUAUUGAAUUUUACCUCAACCAACUGGAAGAGGAGGGUAUUACCCAUGUGCCCCGCUGGGUACCUCCUACCCCCACCCCAUCUCAUCAAUUGCCUGUGAGCUCAGCCAGGGCUAUCCCAGCAUGCCUCAACAGAGCUCACUCCGGCUCCACAGACGCCCUGCCAGGAUCUCCGGAUGACAAGUUGGACGCAGACUACAUUUCUCGUUAUUUGGGAAAGCUGACACCUUUCCAAGAAAGCUGCCUUAUACGCCUACGACAGUGGCUGCAGGAAACGCACAAGGGCAAGAUCCCUAAAGACCAGCAUGUGUUGCGUUUUCUACGCUCAAGGGACUUUAACAUCGACAAAGCCAAAGAGGCUCUGUGCCAGACACUCACAUGGAGGAAACAACAUCAGAUGGACUUCCUGUUGGACACCUGGCAGCGCCCACACCUGCUACAGGACUACUACACUGGCGGCUGGCACCACCAUGACAAAGAUGGUCGACCUCUAUAUAUCCUUCGACUUGGACAAAUGGACACCAAAGGUUUAGUGCGAGCUCUGGGAGAAGAGACUCUUCUGAGACAUGUGCUGUCCAUCAAUGAAGAAGGUCUCAGGUGCUGUGAGGAAAACACCAAAAUCUUUGGAAAACCAAUCAGUUCUUGGACAUGUCUGGUGGACCUUGAGGGGUUAAACAUGAGACACUUGUGGAGGCCAGGAAUCAAAGCUUUGCUGAGGAUCAUAGAGGUUGUAGGAGCGAACUACCCUGAGACACUGGGCUGUCUGCUCAUAUUAAGAGCUCCAAGAGUGUUUCCAGUCCUUUGGACUUUGGUUAGUCCAUUCAUUGAUGAAAACACACGGAAGAAGUUCCUCAUCUACGCUGGUAAUGACUAUCAGGGCCCGGGAGGUCUGGUGGACUACAUCAACAAAGACUUCAUACCUGACUUCUUGGGAGGAGACUGUCUGUGUGAUAUUCCUGAGGGAGGUCUAGUGCCCAAAUCUCUGUACCGCACGGCGGAGGAACUGGAGAACGAGGAGGUCAAACUGUGGACUGAAUCGAUCUACAAGAGCGCAAGCAUUUUUAAGGUGGCUCCACAUGAGGUGCUGAUUGAGGUUAAAGAUGAGUCCUCUGUUAUCACCUGGGACUUUGACGUAUGUAAAGGGGACGUCAUCUUCAACAUCUACCACUCCAGAAAGGCCCCUCAGCCUCCAAAAAGAGACGCUUUAAGCACACACAACCUCGCCUGCCCCGGCAGCAACAACGUCCAGUUUAUUGAUAAAUCAUGGAUGCUUGGGCAAGACUACAGCAUGGUGGAGACAGCACUUACCUGCAGAGAGGGUGAAAGUGUACAGGGAUCUCAUGUGACCCGCUGGUCUGGAUUCUACAUCCUUCAAUGGCGCUUUUAUAGUACGCCAUCAAACUCUUCCUCCAGCCUGCCGCGUGUGGACGAUGUGCUGGCAUCUCUGCAGGUCUCCUCGCACAAAUGCAAGGUCAUGUAUUUCACUGAGGUGCUGCAGUCUACCGACUUCAGGGGCUCUAUGAGCAGCCUAGAGUCGAGUAACAGCGGCUUCUCUCUGCUCAGUGCCGCCACCACCUCCUCCAGCCAAUCACAGGCCACCACCUCAUCCGGCCAAUCACAGGCAACCACCACCUCCAGCCAAUCCCACACUGGAUCGAUCGUUUCGAGAUAGCGCCCGUAUCUGGAUGGAAAUCCGGAGUCUUUGGUUUGCUUUUCAUCUUCAGACCGGCCAUUUUCUUGGACUAAUCAUUGAAGAGAACACUGUUGACAUUAAAUCAAUUAACAAAUGCUUAUAUGCUGUAAGUCAUGAUUAUUUUUAAUCAACACUUUUAUCUCGUUUUCAUCUUUGGCAACAAGGCAUGAAUUAUGAAUAUGCAAGUUUUCUCAACAUUGUUACAAAUAAAUGUGUAAAUAUUGUUUACAUUUUUCUGGUGGUUUAACAAGUUUUAUGCAACAAGUUUUGAUGACUUUGCUAAAUGAUUGUGCCUAACACAAGUUUAAGAGGUUAGUUGACAUUUAAUCUUAUAGCAUUUUAUAAAGUCACAUGUAUUGAUGGGCUUUAUAUUAUAUUUGUACUUUUAAAAAUUCAUUUUUCUCACUGCAGUACUAUUUAUCUGAACUAAAAAAGUUACUUGAAUGGGUGAGAAACUUUAAAAUAAAACUAUACUAGAUUAAAAUACUCUUUAUUCCUUUUAUGUAUAUGUAACGAUUAAAAGUAUAGUUCAUCCAAAAACUAUUUUUGCUGAUGAACACAAAAGAAGAUAUUUUGAUUAAUGAUGGCAAGCACACAGCUGACUGUAACCAUUGACUUCCAUAGUAGGAAAACAAAUAUUAUGGAAUUCAAUCGGUAACGUCAACUUAUAAAAUAUCUUCUUUUGUGCGCAUCAAAAUAAAAAACUCAUACAGGUUUAGAACAACAUGAAUAAUGACAACAUUUACAUUUUUGGGUGAACUAUCCCUUUAACGUAUGUUUGUUUUGUUUUUUGUGGUGUGUUCAAACACCAUUGAACAUUAUAUCUAAAGUCUUUUGGACCCAUAUAUUUAACAAAAAAGCACAAGGUGAUUCAAAUUUUGUUUUCUGUCAACUGAAAUAUUUGACAACACAAUAAUGUAAUUAACAGCAUUUAAUUUUUAUGCACCCAAACUCGGUUUAAAGCGGCAGAUUUUCAGCCAGCUCUUGCCGUGUGCACCAGAAGUUUGUGAACUUACUAUACUGUAU